CCUCUCUCCAUUAUGAAAGGUACCCCAAGACUUUACAAAAACACAUUUUAUUAGUUAUUUCAUGUGAAAAUUUGAGGUUUGUAACAUCCCCCUUAUAUCAAGAUUUUAUCUUAUUAAGAUAAUUUUAUUCUUUGUGUGUGGAAAUUGUUAAGACAUACACCUUUAAUGCCAACUAUCUUUCUACACAGAGGAAUCAAAAAGUACUUGUACAACUGAUAAGUUUUACUGAGCAGGCAAAAGAGGGGCUCUUAAACUAUGGUAGAGCUACUUUCUUGAAUGACAUAUGUUUGUGUGAAUGCAUGGACAAGAAAGUGGGGUACUAUGAAACUUUAGCCCAAUGAGUUGUCUUAUGGAAGGAAAUUGGCUGCAUUGCUUCCUUACCAUUUCUCAAAUGGAUUCUUGAAAAUCAACAUUUCUCAGUAAUUAUUUUUUUGAAGUAGUACAUAAUAAAAGUGUACAAUCAAGAGGACCACCAUUUCUUGAUCUGAACUUUAGUACUGAUGGAGUGAGUUCAUCAAGUUGCUACCUUUAUUCAUUCAUGAAGAAGGACAUGAGACUUUUUCAACAGUAAUUUGAACCACAAACUGUCAAUGUUCAAAUUGGAUGAUUUUCUUGAAUGGCAAGUUCAUUUGCAGCUAUAGCAGGAGGAAUUGGAGGGGUUGUAGUAGUGUUCUUGGGAGUGAUUUUCUUUGUAUGUUUUCGGAGUUUUCGCGGAAGGAAGUAUUCAAAUAGGAAUUCAGACUCAGCUUCUUCAGAUCCAUCUGCAGUAGUGGAGCUGAAAAGGGGAGGAUCUUUUGGUCCAUCAAGGCUGUUCAGAAUGGAAGAAUUGGAGAAAUCUACAAAGCAUUUUGAUGAGAACAGUCUCAUUGGCUGUGGGAGUUUUGGUCUGGUUUUCAAAGGAUUGCUUUGUGAUGGAACUGUUGUUGCUAUAAAAAGGCGUUUAGGGACUCCAAAACAGGAAUUUACUGAAGAGGUUGCUCGUUUAUCAAGGAUUCAGCACCGCAAUUUGGUCAGUCUUUUAGGCUACUGUCAAGACAGUGGAUACUCCAUGCUGGUUUUCGAGUAUUUGCCUAAUGGAAGCAUGCACAAUCACUUGUAUGACACAGGAAAGGAAUUUGCAACAAAGCUAGAAUUCAAGCAAAGGUUAUCUAUUGCUAUUGGAGCAGCUAAAGGUUUAAGUCAUUUACAUAGCCAACACCCUUCAAUAAUCCAUGGGAACUUUAAAACAGCUAAUGUUCUGGUUGAUGAGGACUUCAUUGCCAAAGUUGCAGACGCGGGGAUUCUAAAGCUACUCGAGAAAAUUGAUGAUGCAGGUCCUUCUGGCUUGAGUUCUUUCAAUGCUUUUAAAGAUCCAGAGAUAAGCCAAAUUGGAAUUCACUGUGAGACAAGUGAUGUUUACAGUUUUGGAGUAUUCCUGUUAGAGCUUGUAACUGGUAGGGAUGCUUCACAUAUAGAUGAAUUUGGAUCAAACCAAAGUGUACUUGAUUGGGUUGAAAAACAGCUGAGUUCAGAGCAGUUAGUGGAUCAUAGGCUGCUGGGAAGCUUCACUGCUGAGGUGAUGAGGGAUUUCGUCAAGAUAGCGUUGAGAUGCAUGAGUUUCCCUGGUAGAUAUAGACCAACCAUGGAAACGGUCGUGUUGGAUCUUGAAAAGAUUCUUGAGAGGGAGAUGAUGCACACAACUGUUAUGGGAGAAGGUACUUCCACUGUUACUCUAGGGAGUCAAUUAUUUACAAACUGAAGCAACGACGGAGUCAUCAAUUACACCUAGUCUGUUUUCAUGAAUGAAUUCGGCCUUUGGGCUACAAGUAAAUGUACAUCAGCUUAAAUAGUUUUUCCCUCCCCAACUUCUUCUGCUUCAUCUAACAAAGCUAGAUGAGCGGAGGGCCGGGGCCUGAAUUAUUAAUCGCAACAUUUUUUCGUUUAAAGUCCAAUACCCCUAAUAGGUGUUUAAGGACAUUAUUGUUUGAUUCAUGAAUAUUAUUCAUCAUGUUUGAUAGA